GUUGUUACAUCGCCACAACCCGAUGCCCUCGAAGAGACAUUAAAAAAGAAAUACUUUAAUUUAGCAUUCAAUCACGUUUUUGAUUUGCCACCUAACAGUUGCAAAUUGAUACAAACACUAUAUUUGCAAUGUUUUUUUAUUAGUUUAUACCAGUAAGACCGUGGCUUAUUUUCAGCUUUAAGACAAACCUUAACGUAUAAUAAAAUCCGAGAAAGAGCUUUUUAAAUAAUAAUGCACGUUAAAACACAAAACCACUCUUUAUAUGCAUGUCUUGAAAGAGAGAGAGAAUGGGUUUGAGGACCAGUCAUUUUCCUGCAGCCAUGGCUCAAUAAAGACUCCGAUCCUGAAUCCCAGUCUCCUGGAUUUGACUUUCAAGACUCCGAUCCUGAAUCCCAAUCUCCUGGAUUUGACAUUCCAGACUCUGAUCCUGAAUCCCAGUCUCCUGGAUUUGACUUUCAAGGCUCCGAUCCUGAAUCCCAAUCUCCUGGAUUUUACUUUCCAGACUCUGAUCCUGAAUCCCAGUCUCCUGGAUUUGACUUUCCAGACUCCGAUCCUGAAUCCCAGUCUCCUGGAUUUGACUUUCAAGACUCCGAUCCUGAAUCCCAAUCUCCUGGAUUUGACUUUACAGACUCCGAUCCUAAAUCCCAAUCUCCUGGAUUUGACUUACAAGACUCCGAUCCUGAAUCCCUGUCUCCUGGAUUUGACUUUCAAGACUCCGAUCCUGAAUCCCAAUCUCCUGGAUUUGACUUUCAAGGCUCCGAUCCUGAAUCCCAAUCUCCUGGAUUUGACUUUCCAGACUCUGAUCCUGAAUCCCAGUCUCCUGGAUUUGACUUUCCAGACUCCGAUCCUGAAUCCCAAUCUCCUGGAUUUGACUUUCAAGACUCCGAUCCUGAAUCCCAACCUCCUGGAUUUGACUUUCCAGACUCCGAUCCUGAAUCCCAAUCUCCUGGAUUUGACUUUCAAGACUCCGAUCCUGAAUCCCAGUCUCCUGGAUGAUUUGACUUUCCAGACUCCCAUCCUGAAUCCCAGUCUCCUGGAUUUGACUUUCAAGACUCCGAUCCUUAAUCCCAGUCUCCUGGAUUUGACUUUCCAGACUCCGAUCCUAAAUUCCAGGCCCACUUGCGGGGAGGGCCGUGCGGCAGAGUUUGGCGCCGGCUACCCACGGAGCCCUGCGGCGUGCCGCCACCGCCGCUCUCCGCGGGCGUGCUUGCUGGUGGACUGGGGCCGGCCUUGCAAUGGCACCAACAUGAACGAGACGCUGGCGGUGUUCGAGGUGAAGUUACAAAUGUGUCCUCGAGAGAUUCAGGAGGCGUGGGAAACCGCGGACGAGCCAACAAUUGCCCCAAGCUCCGUGGCCCAACGACACUGCACUCGCCGCAGCGAACCGCAGGGGACUCGAGCGCCGCCAUCUCCGCUGGCGCCAAACCGUGCCGUUCCGCGCCCGCACACACUGCUGCACGGCCUUGUGGGAGCCUCGGUGCGUCUUCCGGCCUGA